ACUGACUUUCCUGGUCCCGGAUACUUGAAAUUAUACAAUCGAGUCUUUUGAGAGUUAUCUCCCUUAGACAAACUGAAGAUGACAAGUGUCGCAAGGACAUUUCAGGCUGUCAAGCCACAUAUUCCAAUGAUAAGAUUUCCUAAUAGAGUACAUGAAGGUGUAGCUGGGAAUCUUGUACAGUCUGUUUCACAACCAAUAAAUACACCAACACCUAGUUCCUCAAGAUCUCCUAGCUCUAGCCCUAGUUUAGAAACGGUGCCAUCAAAAUAUCACAGAAAACCAAUACCUUUAGAAGAAAUGGAAUAUAUAGAGAGAGGAGGUCCAGAAUAAACGGAGGAUAUACUUUCAAAUUUACUGUAUUACUAUGGAUGAAAGAGGACUGGCUGUUGUAAAAGCAGUAUUAGCAAUGUUUAUGUUAAGAAUGAAAGUAUCUACGGCUUUUCCAAUUUGUUAUUUAUAUGUUUAGUUCAUGUCUGAUAUUUUGAUGAAUAAAUGAGUAUAAGAGUG